AUGAAAUGUACCUAUACCCAGGAAAUCAAUGAAAUCAUUAUAGAUCGUCGCAAAAACUCCAGAAAAACUUGGACAGAAAUUGCUAAUGAGUUAAACGAGCGUUUUCCUGGGAAUCGUUUUGAUUCGAAGAAAAUCGCACUACAUUAUGAUAAUAUUAAUCCGGACUUGAUUAAAGGUCCCUUAAGUGACGAAGAAAAACGAUUCAUUAAUAAUUGGAGUCAAACCCAUACAAUAUUUUCUCCUAAAGUUGUAGCAACUCGUAUGAAUCGUCCCGCAAAUGUUAUCAAAAAUUAUUAUUACCCCUUAAAACAUAAACAAGCUCUAUUAAAUCAAGUUGCUGCCGAAAACUCUGGAAAUUCGGGAAUUACCAUUACACCGGAAGAUUCAGCUGUAGCCGUACCAGCCGUGCAAGCCAAUCGCCCACCUGAUGUGUUGCAACCUAUGGAUAUCAAUACACCGGAAGAUUCAGCUGUAGCCGUACCAGCCGUGCAAGCCAAUCGCCCACCUAAUGUGUUGCAACCUAAGUAUAUUUAA